AUGACAUUUUCAACUUCCGAGUCUGAAAUGCAACAGGCAACUACGCCCGCCACUGCUGUUGGUAAGACGCUAAAAAAAGCUGAGAAAAAAACCUCAGCAAGGUCAAAACAUGUCAAACCCAGCCAUCCCCCAACUUCCGAUAUGAUCGGUUCGAAUCACAAGGUCGAUUAUGAAAGACUUGCACCGUUCAUAAGAAAAUAUCUUAAGACCGCUGUACAGUCCGGUUCCUUGAUUCAGACCAAAGGAAAAGGAGCGUCUGGUUCUUUCAAAUUGGCCGCUGGCGGUUCUACAACAAACGCGUCGAAGAAAGUUGCGAAAAAAUUGGUCAAGUCGGCCGAUGGAGCAAAUAAGAAUGCAUCACCUACAAUGGCAGCCGACAAGAAGAACACAUCACCUGCCAGGUCUACAUCUACAGUGAGUAGGUCGAAAAAGAGAGCGGCAAUUGCGAAAGAAAAGAAGUCAAAAUUAACGAAAUCUCCCUCGAAAGCUAAGAAGGCAAACAAAUCGCCGACGAAGAAGCCCAAAGCACCGAAACCAAAAACGGUCAAAUCAGUAACGGCUCCGAAGAAAAGAUACGAUGUCAUACAAGAUGUUUUCAUCGAACACGGUAGGUAA